AUGGCACAUCAGGGACAUCAUUCGCAACAGCAGCAACAACAACAUUCACAACAACCAACCGCUGGUAUUGUGAUGGGUCAACCGUAUCACUCGCAUCAUCCAGGCAUUGGACUUGAUCAGGAUGAUUUGUUCUCUGAUUACUUGGGAACAAAUGGCACAGCAGAUUUUAAUCAGCAACUUUUUGUAGAUACUCCAUCUGAUGGUAUUGAUUUUACUACUGCUACAGCUGCAAAUACUGCUUUCUAUGGCAAUAGUCCACAGUAUCCCAGCCAUUUUAUACCGCAAUCUCAACAACAACCACAGCCUAGUCAGCAGCAGUUUGUGAAUUUAAUGCACUUUAAUCAACCACAACCACAGCCACCACCACCACCACCACAGCAACAAGAGUCAUACUCUUAUCAUUCUUCCGCUGUUGCCGCUGCUGCUGCCGCUGCUGCUGCUCAACAACAGCUUCAGGGCAGUUUUGACGGGGUCCCAAUCUCUGGUCCCAAUCAACCAUCUCGAAUGUAUGCCAUGGCCAAUCAAUUGCAGAAUUUCUCACCUACUUAUAUGCAUCAACAAGCUCAAAUAUCUUCUGCUCAACCUCAAGCCCAACCUCAGUCGCAGUAUGGUAACAAUAUGCAACAUAUGGAUCCCAAUGUGCAGUAUCAAAAGCAAUUGCAACAGCAGCAGCAGCAGCAGCAGCAGCAGCAACAGCAGUUGAUGUUACAGAGACAACAACAGAUGCAAUUGCAGCAGCAACAAAGACAGCAGCAACAACAACAUCAACAGUUGCAACAGAGACAAAUGCAACAGCAGCAACAGCAAAGACAGCAACAACAACAACAACAACAACAACAACAACAACAGCAGCAAAUGCCUCAUGGUAACGCUCCUCGUCAACAGGCCUCUCUGCCACCACCACCACUACAGCACCACCAACAACAGCAACGUCAUGUACAUCAUCAAAUAAAGCAACCAUCUCAACAAUAUCGCCCACAACAACCUUAUCAACAGCAAAUCAUGUUCCAACAGCAACCUCAGCAGCACUCGCCUAUUCCCUCUUCCAAGUCUACGAGUGCUGCUGCUGCUGCACCCAAACGAUCCAAUAGAGCCACUACGAAAAGAAAGGUCAAGUAUGAGGAAUCAUCCGACGAAGAUGACAAUCUAGACGAUGUAUUGGGAGCCGACGACGAGAUGGACGAAGUGGCCGAGCAAUCGGAUGACAGUGAUUUCGACAUCAAUCCCAAUGGACCAUCAACCAGCAAAUCGAAAUCGGCAGCUGCUGCCCAUCUGCCAGCAGCUCCCUUGGCUGAAGCACCUCCUGUCAUGGUGCCUAUGCCCACCAAGAUAUUUGAAAAGAUGUUGGAUUAUCGAUUGAGUCCUGUCAAUGGCCAACCUGAGCUUUUAGUGAAAUAUAAGCAUUCAAGCUAUCGCCAUGUUGAGUGGGUGCCCAAGGAAAAGAUCGAAGCUGAGCAUUUGGGUAAACACCGUGUCAAAAAGUUUCUCACCAAGUGGAAUCAAGAAGGACAACGUGGUGAGGAUUUCAACGAGUAUCUGAAGGUGGAUCGUGUGAUUGAUGAAGGCGAGUUGGUGGAUCCCGUGACAGGAGAGCCUAGUAUCUAUUAUUUGGUGAAAUGGAAUGGACAGCUCUAUGAUGCUUGUACGUGGGAGAGUGAAGAGGAUGUACAGCAGAUGGACACGUCCAAAAUUGCCGAAUACCAAAAAAACCGCAUUAUUCCUCAGGAAAAGCUACCCAAUCCACCCAGACGACCUGACUACACGCAAUUUGUCAAAUAUGAAGCGGGUGCCAAGUAUAAAUUUGGCAAUGAAUUAAGACCGUAUCAACUGGAGGGCCUCAACUGGAUUCGAUUUUGCUACUACAACUAUCGUUCGUGUAUUUUGGCUGAUGAAAUGGGUCUUGGUAAAACAGUGCAGUCGGUCACCUUUUUGAAUGAUGUGUAUUACAAAUUGAAUGUCAGAGGACCCUUUUUGAUUGUGGCACCAUUAUCCACGAUUCCGCACUGGGAGAGAGCUGUGCGCGCUUGGACCGACCUGAAUGUCAUCGAUUACCGUGGAAACACGUUUGCCCGUGAUUUAAUUGUGGAAACCGAGUUUUACUACAAGGAUGUGCAAAGCAAGCGUAUUCCCAAUCGAUACAAGUUCGAUGUGCUUAUUACUACGUAUGAAAUGGCGUCUGCGGGAUCACCUCAUAUCAAGGAUAUUCCAUGGAAAUGUGCUGUAUUUGAUGAGGCGCAUCGUUUGAAAAACAAACAAUCCAAAGUAGGAGAGAUCCUCAAGACAUUUUCGAUUGAUCACAAACUGCUGCUGACUGGAACACCACUGCAAAACAAUCUAGACGAGCUCUACAGUCUUUUGAAUUUCAUGCAGCCCGAAGUCUUUAACAAUGAGAGAGCCUUCUUUGCAGAAUACGGCAACUUGCAAACAGCAGCAGAGGUAGAGAAACUUCAAGCUCUGUUGAAGCCCAUCAUGUUGCGUCGUUUCAAGGAAGAUGUGGAAAAGAGCAUCCCCGUCAAGGAAGAAACUGUCAUUGAAGUAGAAUUAACCAACUCUCAAAAGAAAUGGUAUCGUGCUAUUUUGGAGAAGAAUUUCAGCUUUCUUCGCAAAGGAGCCAAGUCCAACAAGGAGAUGCCUCAGCUACGUAACAUCGUGAUGCAGUUGCGAAAGUGCUGCAUCCACCCCUAUUUAUUAGACGGUGCUGAAGAGAUGAUUGUCAACGACAGUGGUGCUAGAAACAUUCAAGAUCAGUUCAAGUGCUUGAUUGAUUCUUCAGGUAAACUAGUGUUAAUUGACAAGCUGCUGCGCAAGUUGUUUGAAGGCAACCACAAGGUUUUGAUCUUUUCUCAAUUUACAAGUUGUCUCGAUAUUUUGUCUGAUUAUCUUCGUGGGCGCCAAUACCCACACGAACGCAUUGACGGCAGUAUUCCCGGUGAGCAAAGGCAGGCCUCUAUUGAUCGUUUCUCCACCUUGCCCAUCAACCAAUCGUUUGUGUUUCUCCUGUGUACGCGAGCAGGUGGUGUGGGCAUCAACUUGACAGCAGCAGACACCUGUAUUAUCUUUGACAGUGAUUGGAACCCUCAAAAUGAUCUACAAGCACAAGCGCGUUGUCACCGCAUUGGACAAACCAAACCCGUGCAAGUAUAUCGCUUGAUCUGUCGCAACACGUACGAAAAGGACAUGUUUGAUCGCGCUGGUAUGAAGUUGGGCCUGGACAAAGCCGUAAUGCAGCGCAUGAACAACGGUGCCAGCAACAACACGCCCAGCCCUGACGAAGAAUCGGCACACAUCUCCAAAAACGAACUGAACAGAAGGGAGAUUGAAGAUCUGCUAAAGAAGGGUGCUUAUGGUGCUGUCAUGGACGAUGAGGAGAGCAAGCAGUUUUGCGAGGAAGACAUUGAUCAGAUUUUGGAAAGACGCACUACUGUGAUUCGGCAUGAGGGAAAUGAAAAGGGCAGUAUUUUCUCCAAGGCCACCUUCUCGUCUUCCGCGGGUCAAGAUGUCGAAUUGGAUGAUCCUGAUUUCUGGGAGAAAUGGGCCACCAAGGCCAAUUUAGAUGUCAAUGAUGUGCAAGAUGAAAAUGAACUGAUUGUCUAUGAGCCACGUCGUCGUCGUCAAGUCCAGCGAUUCGGUAUUCGUUCUGUAGACGGUGCUUAUGAGUCCGCCGAUAAUGCAGAUGACUCGGAUGCGUAUGAAGAUGAGACGGAAAGGAACAGGAAACGAGAUGCCAUUCGACCCUGGACACUGUCUGAAAAGACCAAAUAUGAACGCAAGCUUAUGAUCUACGGUUACGGUCCCUGGAAGCAGAUGCAAGCGCAUUUCCCUCGUCGCACGGAGAAGGAUCUCAAGGCUGCCACCAAGUGUUUGAUGCGUAAAGUGAAGCAUGUCAUUGAAGUCAACUCGGAAGAAGACCGUAAGCUGAUUCAAGACAUUGAAACUAUCUUGCAGAGUGAAGCAGACGAUGAAUCACGCGACGAAAACGUGCCUUACAUUGGAGCCAACAAGAGACAAACUGCAGAAUUUAAAUCCUUUUUGAUCGAAGCACCUCAAGACUACAUUGAACACAUUGAGAGAAAGGGCCGCAACUUUUUGCUUCGUAUUCAAAUGCUGCACAUGGUCAGAGACCGUAUCGUGCCCAAAGACUGGGAGGAGGCCAAGCGAUUGCCUAUUCCCAAGGUGACAGGCUCGCUGCCGUGCGACUGGUGGGGCGAAUCGGAGGACCGUGACCUGUUGCUUGGUAUCUGCAAACAUGGCUACCAACAGUAUCUAACGAUGCGUAAAGACAAGGAGUUUUGCUUUUUUGGUAAAAAGUAUGACGAUAGUAAAGCUGGGACACUGCAAGAAGACGACGAUGAACAGGACAAGCAUCAAGACGAUGGAUCUGAUUUUGGAGGCUUUUCUGACGCAGAUGCCACCGUGUAUGUAUGGCCAUCCAAAGCAGAUAUUGGUAUGCGUCUUCGUCGUAUCAUUGCCGCCUUUCUACGUGAACAAGGCCUUGAAAAGAGGCGUCGUGCUCUUGCAGACGGCUCUGUUGAAGGAGAAUCCCCUGCUGCUGUUACUGGAGGAGGAGGAGCGGGUGGAUCUAGUCGCUCAUCGCGUCAACGCUCAAGAGCAGGUGAUUCUGGUAAUCGAUGGCAAAAAAAGAACCGCAGUGAUUUUCUGCGCACGAUCCUCUCUUUUGGUGUGGAAACGGUAGCUGGCGAUCCAAACAUUAAAUGGGAUAGAUUUAGAGAAAUUUCAGGCUUGGAGAAACGCACCGAUGCCUCGCUGGAUGCUUACUAUGUCAAAUUUAUAGCAGCUUGCAAGGAGGUCAUGAAGAGACAGCAGCAAAAGACAGAGGACGAGGAUCAAAAGAGCCGAGAAUCCAGUGAAGAAGCUGGUGGGGCUACAGCAGAGGAAGUGGAGUUGGCAGAUCAGAUUCCUUAUGACAAAGCGAGACGUGCCCUGAAGCGUGUGGAUCAGAUGAAAAAGAUUCGUGAGUUAGUAGUGGUUGACCCCGAGUUUGAAAAUUCGUUGGAAAGAGCUAGAAAGACUUCAGGUUUACCAACCUGGUGGGAGGUGCCUUUGCAUGAUAGAGCCUUGUUGCACGGCAUUUGCAAGCAUGGUAUUGGUAGACAUGAUCUCAUGGUGACAGAUCAAGAAUUGCCCUUCCAUCAAGUCGUCAAGGAUGCCAUGGCAGGUGUCGACCCCGAAGAGGCUGAAUCAGAAUCCAUUCCCAACAUCUUGAGCCGCAUCUCAUGGCCUAAAGAGCUAGUAAUUGCAAGACGUAUCGAUGCCUUGUGCGAGUUGAUUCUCAAGCCCAAACCUCAGAAACGACAAAUUCGUAGUCGCAAGCGCAAAUCGCCUGCCCCUAGCAACACUACUACGGAAGAGCCUUCCUCCUCCACAACGACGGCUAAUACCACACCGCAUCCAGCAGAAGUUCCUCUUCCUCCCACUGCUACUCCACUGUUACCACCAUCCUCAUCCUCAUCACAAUCUGGUUACCGUCCAUCUAAAACAGGCGGUAAAACUAUUCCACCCGAGAUUGCAGCAGCCAUUGCUCCUCCACCUCACGUAGCCAACCGUAGAUACCUUAGUGAUGUAGCUACCACUAGCGACGAAGACGACUACGAGGAUGAGGAGGAUGAGGAAGAACAAGAGGAAAUUAGACAAAAGCGUGCUCGUUAUCAACUGUACCAACAGCAGCAGCAACAAAAACAACUACAAGAGCAACAGCGCAUGCAACAACAGAUGCAAUUACAACAACAACAGCAGCAGCAGCAGCGUCAGUUGCAACAGCAACAGCAAAAGCACCAGCAACACCAUCUUAGCCGCCAUCACCAUCCUGUAGUAGCACACACACCUGUCAAACCACAAGGUUUUAAAUACCCCCCACAACACCAUCCUCAUCAGCAUCAACAAGCUACUUCUUCAUCUUCAUCUACUUUUGCUUAUACCAACCAUCAUAACCAUACAGCUUCAUCCACACCCACGACUGCAAUGACUCCAUCCGAAAAGAGCACGCCAUCUAGCACUGUGGAUGAAGAUGGCGAUGAAGAUGAAGAUAUGGAAGAUGGUGAAGUGUCUGAUUCUGAGGAUGAUGACGAUGACAAUAGUGUAUCAAAUGGUUCGCCUGCAUUUGGAUUUUAA